AUGUAGGAAAGAAUUGGAUAGUGAAAGUUGGGUGAAGUUUCUUCAAAUCAUAAAUCUCCUUAAAUUAAGGACCCCAUCACCCAACCCAACUGUUUAGGAGUCCAUCACUCCAUCCACUGGAGAAUCAUAUAACUGCUUGUUUAUGCCGUUCUCCUACCCAUUGACAGAACCCUUUCAUAAUCCUAGGAUUUCAGAUGAAGUUCAAAUUCUUACGCUUGAGGAACAUAAGCGCUGAAGAUUUCCAUGGAAAUUUCAAAUUCCGCUUCCAAUCAAACCUUGUAAAACGUUUUCUUCCUCACAUUCCCACUUCACACAGGCCCUUCUCCGUCGUCUCCGAUCCUAUUCAUCAUAUACUGAGUUGUCACAAUCUAACCCCUUCGCCUAGAAACUGUCAUGAUAGAACUCUGGUUUCCGACUCUAUUGCUGUCUCCGACGAACCCAUCACCGUUCAUCCAGAUGACCCAUCUGCUGUUUAUGUCCAAAACGUCCUCUAUUUCAGAAGGCACAAACCAGUGGAGGACAUCGAGAGGGCUCUUAGUCUAUGCGACCUUGUGCUAACCGAUGAUUUUGUUCUCAAGGUGCUGCGAAGACAUCGAUCAGAUUGGAAUCCCGCCUUCAUUUUCUUCAAUUGGGUUCUCAAAAGAGGUACCAACGAAGAGAAAUUCACCCCUGGUUCUGUUAUUUACAAUGAGAUUCUUGUUAUUCUCGGGAAAUUCCGCCGCUUUGAGGAAGUAGACAAGGUGCUUGUGGAAAUGUCUAAGAGAAAGGAGCUUGUUAAUGAGGAAACGUAUUCAGUUCUUCUUAAUAGAUAUGCUGCAGCGCAUAAAGUGGAGGAAGCAAUUAGCAUUUUCUACAGAAGGCAAGAGUUUGGACUUGAGAUGAAUUUGAUUGCAUUUCAGUCACUUUUGAUGUGGUUAUGCAGGUACAAGCAUGUAGAAGCUGCAGAGACCCUGUUCCAUUCCAAGAAGCAUGAGUUUGUUACUGAUAUAAAGACAAGCAAUAUUAUCCUCAAUGGGUGGUGUGUGUUGGGGAAUGUUCAUGAGGCCAAAAGGUUUUGGAGGGAGAUAAUUGAAUCAAAAUGCGAGCCUGAUAUAUACACUUAUGGAACUUUGAUUAACUCAUUGACAAAGAAAGGAAAGCUGGGGACAGCUUUGAAGUUGUUUAGAGCCAUGUGGGAGAGAGGAUUGACAACUGAUGUUGUGAUCUGCAAUUGCAUCAUUGAUGCCCUUUGUUUCAAGAAGAGGAUUCCUGAAGCUCUAGAGAUCUUCAAGGAAAUGAAUGAGAGAGGGUGUGCAGCAAAUGUUGCAACUUACAACACUCUUAUCAAACACCUUUGUAAAAUUAGGAGGAUGGAGAAGGUUAAUGAGCUUUUGAAUGAAAUGGAAGAGAGAAAAGGGAGCUGUUGGCCAAAUUCUGUGACUUUUAUCUAUUUACUCGGGUCGGUAAGAGGUCCGGAGGAAGUUCCAGUACUUUUUCAAAGGAUGGAAAGAAGUGGCUGCAAGAUGACUAGUGACAUAUACAAUCUGAUUCUGAGAUUGUAUAUGGACUGGGAUAUACAGGAAAGGGUUAAGUCUACUUGGAAUGAAAUGAAAGAGAUGGGGUUGGGACCCGAUCGUCGCUCUUACACGAUUAUGAUUCAUGGGUUAUAUGAGAAGGGAAGAACAAAAGAUGGGCUGCGCUAUUUCAAUGAGAUGACAUUGAAGGGAAUUAUGCCGGAGCCGAAGACUGAAAAGUUGGUGAAUGCUACGAAUGUCAAAGAACCAAAAUGCCAGAAAGCAGAGCCAAGUAGAUAAGCUUAUUAAGUAAGUGCCAAAUCUUGGAAAAGUAGAUAAGCUACCUGCAACUGGGAGAAAUUAAAACGAAAAACAGCCCCAUAAAUGUGCUUUCUCUCACGAUUAAAGUUUGUUGCAGCCAUUGCUAAUACGUUUCUUUCGAUGGGGAAGAGUUUUCUCUACACAUUAUCUACAUGGGCGUUUGAGGAGCUUUCAGGGUUCAUCAGGAUCAUGAUUGUCGGUCUAGAGUCCCAAUUGUCGAUAACCAGAGACCAACGAUCAGGACUGACGAGAAGUGGCCAGCAAUCAGGACUACUAAUCAAGGAUGUGGACUGUGGAUCAAUGAUCAAUGACCAGUUCAAUGACAGGGACCAGAGAAAGAAGAUCAAGGACAAGGGAUCGGGGUAUGGUGACUGGCAACAACUCACAUCAUCUGAAUGUCAUUGGUCAUUAGCCCUCUGGCCUAACUGUUGGCCAUUGGCUGUUCCUGGUGGGUGGUUGUUGUCAGUUCCCGAUCAUUGAUCUUUCGUUUGUGGUCACUAACCAUCUGUUGCCAGUCUUGGUCUCUGAUUGUGGUUCUCAGUUUCCAUUUCCUAUUGAUAACCAUUGGUAGCCUAACAAUAUGACUUGUAACUAGUGGCUAGUGGUGGACUGGGACUGCGGAAUUCUGACCAGCGAUUGGCACUAAGAAUUCGGUAUGGAUGAUUGAAAACCAAGACCGACGACUGCAGACUGCUGAUGGAGAUCAAGGAUCGUCGACUGGUGACCACUCAAGGCAUUGAUGAAUAACAACCAGUUUGACAUUUGGGAUUGGGGAUCCGAUGCUGGCGAUUGGGACUAGGGACCAUCAAAAAGGGAUUCGUUGAAUUUGUCUCCCACAACCAAAUCCUUUGGCUGCACACUACCAUUUCCUUAAACCUCUGAAGUUGAUCCAUCACAAACUCCAUUGAAGGGAUUGGAGAAGAAGUAAGGAGCCCAUUUCAUCUGCUGUGUCAUCUAUCAAUCCUUGCCUUCUCCUCUGUUCUAUUUUUUGCUUGCACCGUAUAUCAUUUUUUCAUGAUUGUAAUUGUAAUGAGACAUUUCCUAAGACUGUCCUAGUUUCCUUCUCAAGAUUUGGUUUAAGGCCCGGGCGAUAACCUUGUUUUGUUUUCUUCCAUUUACUCUUUGAAGGACGAUCAAUUUUCAAGCCUAUCAUAGAUUCUAAUUGGCAUA